GGUGGUGAGCAGGGGAAGACGCGGAGGCAUCAGCCGCACCAUCCGACGAUCAUGGCGAAAGUCGCUGUCUCUCUUUUGCUAUUUUGGCUCGUCUGUGGCACCUGCUGUGCUCUCGGUGGAAAAGUCAACAAGCACAAACCAUGGAUAGAAGCUUCUUACCAUGGUGUGAUCACAGAGAACAUGGGCACUGUGCUGCUGGACCCUCCGCUUGUUGCUCUCGACAAAGAUGCACCGGUCCCCUAUGCAGGGGAAAUUUGUGCCUUUAAGAUUUAUGGCCAGGACGUUCCAUUCGAGGCAGUGGUGUUGAAUCGCACCUCAGGAGAAGGCGUACUGAGAGGCAGCGGCCCUGUGGACUGCGAGAGCCAGAAGGAAUACACAUUUAUUAUCCAAGCCUAUGACUGCGGAGCUGGACCCAGUGGGGCCGACUGGAAGAAAUCCCACAAGGCCGUGGUUCACAUUCAGGUGGAUGACGUCAAUGAGUUCUGCCCGGUGUUUCGCGAGCCUCAAUACAAGGCUUCAGUAAUUGAAGGCAAGAUCUAUGACAGCAUUUUGCAGGUGGAGGCCUGGGACCAGGACUGUUCUCCACAGUACAGUCAAAUCUGCAACUUUGAAAUAGUCACUGCAGGCACACCGUUUGCCAUAGAUCGCAAUGGUAAUAUCAGAAACACGGAGCGACUGAACUAUGACAAGCAGCAGAGCUACAAGAUUAUGGUGACGGCCUUUGACUGCGGUCAGAAGACGGCAAAGGAGGAUGUGGCUGUGCAUAUUGAUGUCAAGCCCGUCUGCAAAGCUGGAUGGCAAGGCUGGAACAAGCGGGUGGACUACGAACCUGGCACUGGUAGCAAGCCUCUCUUUCCAAAGCUGCAUUUGGAAACAUGCGGAGGACCCUUGUCUGGCAUAAAGGUGAUGGUGGAGCUGCAGACCAGUCACAUUGGGAAAGGCUGCGACCGGGAAACGUACUCUGAGAAGUCUCUGCAAAAACUCUGCGGGGCAGCAUCAGGCAGUACAGAUCUUCUUCCCGCCCCGAACCCGUCCACCAACUGGACCGCGUCUCUCGUGACCGACAGCGGACGUGACAGUGACCUCAUCUACAGAUUUGAUGGACAACAGGCAGCCAAUGUUCCUGAUCAUGUGGUGCCCCAAAACCUGACGGAUCAGUUCACCAUAGCGACAUGGAUGAAACAUGGUCCCAGUCCAGGACUGAGAGCUGAGAAGGAAACUUUACUGUGCAACUCUGACAAAACUGAAAUGAACCGCCACCAUUAUUCUCUAUAUAUUCACAACUGCCGCCUGGUCUUCCUGCUUAGAAGAGAUUUCAGCCAACUAGAUACUUUCAGACCUGCCGAAUUCCACUGGAAGCUAGAGCAGAUCUGUGACAAAGAGUGGCACUAUUAUGUGAUCAAUGUGGAGUUCCCCGCUGUGACACUCUUUGUGGAUGGAGUGACCUAUGAACCCUACCUGGUGACUGAUGAUUGGCCAAUCCAUGCCUCAAAGAUCAAUACGCAGCUCACAGUGGGUGCCUGCUGGCAAGGUGGCGAGGUAGCGACUCCGAGGUUCGCUCAGUAUUUCCAUGGCAGCUUGUCGGGCCUGACAAUCCGUCCGGGCCGCAUUGAAACCCAGAAGGUUAUCUCCUGUUUGCAGGCCUGCAAAGAAGGUCUUGAUAUUAACUCCCUUGAAAGCCUGGCUAAGGACAUCAAGUUCCAUUUCAACCCUGCGCAGUCAAUGCUGGUAGUGGAAGGAGAAGAUCUAGACAGUAUCAACACAGCCAUGACCAAGGUGUCUUACAUCAACUCUCGCCAGUUUCCCACGCCAGGCCUGCGACGGCUCCACAUCAGCACCACUGUGCUGUGCUUUGGGGAGGACGCGUGCCUCUCCAUCCCAGAUGUCAAAGCAGUCGUCACGGUGCAGCCACCUAGUGAACCGAGAAUCACCAUUACGGGAUCCAAUCGACUGGUCAGGCCCGCCGUUGACCUUCGCGGUCCGCUGGGCGUGGCUCCUUUCAAGGAGAUUGACAUCACCAGCACAGUAAUGAAGGGAGACGGCUUCAGCGGAUCCCGCAGGCCAGGUGUGAUGGAGGUGAUGCAUAACUUGGACUAUUGUGAUAUCCUGGUGAUUGGGGAUGAGCUGAAUCCCGAGAGAGAGAGUCUACAUAUUCAUCACAGCGCUCUGCUGGGAAAGCACCUGGACGCCACCAACUCCACCUCGGGAAUAUCAAUAUAUGGUGUGGACUCCAUGGCACACUAUGAGCAGGCACUGCGUCAGGUGCGCUACAGGAACUGGCAACCUGCCACCCUGACUGAGAGAAGGUUUCGACUCACCUGCUCGGAACUUAACGGCCGUUACACCAGCAAUGAAUUCAUCUUGGAGGUGAGUGUUCUUCACCACGCAAAGCCCGUGGAGCAUGUCAAUCAUGCGGCCCCUCAGCCGCAGUACAUGAGACCGGUUCAUCACCCACUCAUGAUACACACUCCUAAUUCCCACAUGUCAGGACCAGCACCUGCAGCUGCCACAGUUGUUAUUGUGGUCUGCAUCGCCGCCCUGGUGGUGAUCGUGGUCAUUGGCGUGUACAGAAUCCAUGCCACUCAUCAGGAGAGCUCCAGAGAGCAAGAGGAUGCCGGGAAAGGGCCUGAGGUGGACUGGGACAAGUCGGCACUCAACAUCACUGUAAACCCCAUGGAGAGUGUGAGAGGAGCUCAUGCGCUUAGUGAAGAUGCGAGUGAAGAGCUGUGUAGGGAGGAAGAAUACGAGGAUGAAGAACAUGUGGGAGGAAUGCCAAAUGCAGAGUCGGAUAACAGCGAUGAUGACGAGGAUGAGGAGGAUGAUGAGGAGGUGGAGGAAGAAGAGGGGGAGAUGGAAAUGGCAAAGGAGAGGAAGCUGAAGUGGCACAGGUCCUCCAUAACCUACUGACCACAGAAACACGCACACAUAAGAUUGAAAAAUAGGUCUGCACAUAUACUGUACACACUGCGCUCUCUCUUUCUUCCGGUUCUUGCUUUACACACACACACACACACACACACACACACACACACACAAACACACACACACACACACACGCGAGCCUUGCCAUUAUUUCCAAUCAAACAUUUCCCCCUGCUGGGCAAAGUUUUAACUACAGUCCAACUGGUAUUCAUGAUUUACAUAACAUGAACAAAAAGAAGGAAGUCAAAGCAGUCUUGUGUUAUUACUUUUGCAUUUGCAGGGUUCCAGUUCAACUGUCAUGAAACAUGCAUGGCGUUAGAGUGCAUACCGUAGUUCUGACCCAAACAUAUACACAAAAAGUUGGGGACUGGGCUUUUGUGUGAGAUUUCAGGAUUAGGGGUUGCAGCAAUUCGUAGACUCGCUGACAAGUAGAUCAUCAUCAGAUCAUUUGAAAGCUUGAAGUCGACUAAUGUCUAAUCAAGUGGGGGCGUUUUGUUUUUUUGUUCAUAUGGUCUCAAUCGGGCACUUUACAGAGGACUUUCAACUCUUCUGAUGCUGUCACCUGAGUAUAACGCGCUGCGGAGUAGCGGAAUGUCCGGACAAUAAGGCGGCACAGUCUUCUCACAUCCGUGCGGGUCAGAGAGUACGAAAAUAGACGAGUGUAGGGUGAGAAUAGCAGUUAGCCUCGCUAGCUUUGGGUAUUUCGAUCGCUGCUCGUCUUAAAAUAUUCAUACCGACGGGACUGGGGGCGAGGAACGAGGGCAGCGGUGCGAAGUGAAGCUCCGUCUUUCUCGACAAAAUGUUACGUUCAAUAACGCGCGGGCAAGAACUGUGUGAUCAUAACAACUUCAUUCCUAUUCACGCUUGUGUCCCUUUACGACACUGUGCCGUAAAGGCCUGUCGCCGUACGACGUACUGGCAUGUGGAAAUAUUUGACCAAAAAUUGGAUCAUGUAGCACGGUCACUUGCAAAAUACGCAAGUCCAUCCGCAAAUAUAAGGAAAGCACAAAUGAAAUACAAAGGCUGAAACAGAGAAAUGUUUAAUUUUUUGGGAGCCCGGCCACAAUGUCACGUCUCGCACGCUAUGGAAGGCAAGAGAAAAGAAAAAUAGAAAGAAAAAAACAUGCGCAGGGCUCCCACUAAUUACAGCAAGUACAAUUAGCAUAAUGAUGAGUGGUGUUUUGAAUCUUUUGUUUUUACACAUUUCUGUGCUGCUCCGUCAAAAUAUGUCUUUGUCUUGGCUUUCUGAACUGGUCUGUGGCACAAGUGUGAUGUGCUUAAAAAAAUAUCAACGACGUCAUCGAUUAAACGACUUCAACUCUAUGCUAGUUAUCACAUUAUAUAUAUUAUAUAUAAUAUAUAUUAUAUCUAUAUUUAUAGGUGGACUUGAUUUGACCUUCUCGAAACUUUUGAAUGUCCAACUGUUAAGUGUUUUAGUGGUUUUUGCACGACAAGGAGCUGAAGGGCAAAAGUCACUGUUUAAUCCAUGAAAAAUUCCAAGCUUGUCCACUUCUUUCCCUUUCUGUGACUCUUCCAGUCUCUCCAUUGGAAUCUGCCGAUGACACUCAAGGCUCAGCGGCCACUUUCUCUCUGAGAAAAUCCUUUUGAAACAUCACGAUGGCGACGCUUCGGACAGGAAGUGGCCCCUGAGCUUAUACUGUCAUCAGCAGGUUAGAACAAAGAGACUGGAGGAGUCACAGAAAGGUCCUUGGAAAUGUAAAAUUUGGUGUGCAGAUUUUUAAAGAAUAGCAAGUUGUGCAAAAAGUACUGAGGCAUUGAAAUGUUGGAUGUGUUCAUUCAAAAGUUAAGAAAAGGUCAAAUGAAGUUAACUAUGAAUGUCAUCCUGAAAUUUCACCCGAAUAUACGCCCAACAUCUCUAACUUUUUGCGAGUAGUGUAUUUGAUAUUUGAAAUGAAAUGCAUUUGGUUCCAGAUUACUUUUGUAGCGUUUAUUUUUUUAAGGUUGUAAUGGAAAGAGAAUGACUACAUAUCCAUAUGUAAAUUGUGUUUAUUUACAAUUGCACACAUUGUAGGGAAGCCUCUUGUUUUAGUUAGUCUUUGCACUGCUGUAUUCUCUCCUUCAACGUGACACAAGAGAUGGGAAGUAGCUAAACAGCUUUUAGAGUAGUUUGUAACAGAGUUGUCAAGUUAGUGCGUCCUUGUUUUCAUCUUUAGCUGAAACCUGACACCCUUUGUGCACUUAUCUAGGAAACAUCCAAUUGCAUGACUACUAGUAAAGAAAAACGCACUUCUUCUUUUUUUUAAAUUCUAAAACAUCGUGAUUUACAUGAAGGACCUAACAGACACGACUCCAGUGGUGCCUUGAGAUACGGGAUUACUUUGUUCCACGAACACGCAUGUAACUCAAAACACGUCUCUCAAAUCAACUUCCCCCAUUGAAAUGAAUGGAAUUGCCAUUGAUCAAUUACAGCCUCCUCAAAACAAAACAAAAAUGUGUGUUUUUUUUUUUUUUUUUAAUUAAGAACGCUAGAACUUUAUAAUAUUGUACUUUAUAAAGACAUACAGUAAUGACAGAUAAAUAGAAUGUUAAGAAAUUAAAUGGUUUUUGCUACAUUUUUUGCUUCAAUUCAAUAGACAUUGUGUUAGUCCUUGUGGUGUGCGCGCCUUGGCCAUCUGAGGACAGUAUAAUACCGACAUGAAUAUAAUUGGAGAUGGUCACAACUCUUCAGUAAACUGCAGUAAUAUUAGUGUUUUUUUCCCCCGAGGGUAAAGAAUAUACUGUAUGCCUGUGAGUAAUGUUAUAUUAUCAGUCUACAGUGUCUGUGCUGCUCCACCAUUUGUGUUCAAAUAUCCGUUGCUUAGAGGGUUUUAACAGCGUGACACUGAUGCUUCUCGUGAGCCCAUCUAAAGCGUUUUGUUAUGUGGGUAUUUUGAAUACAUGUGUAAUUCUUCAUUUAGUUUGACAGUAAAGUUCAUGUGGGUGUGGCAAUAAACAGCUUCAAGCCUCUUUUUUGGGGGGAGAAUUGUUCACGACCUGCCAAACUGCUGCUUGUGGUGGAGAUGAGUCAAAUUGAGUUCACUGCCGCCUAUCGAAAAGAAUUUUGCGUGCAAGUCAAAGCCAAACAAAAAACAAAAAAAAUCAGCCCAACGAUGGCUCGUUUCUGGAAAAACUCAGAGGUCAGGUCACUCAUAUCUAAAGGCACCACUGUAUGUUCCGUUAUCUCUUAGCUUCUUUGGUUUAUCGCAAUUACUUUGAUGCUGAAAUGAUUAUCAUAAUGCCAUCAGGUAUUAAUCCAAUAAUGUUGUUGGGGCGGGGGGGGGGGGGGGGGGGGGUCAAAAGGGCAGAAGGCUGCUGUUCUAAUGUAGUUUGUUUUGUUAGCAGAUGUAAAGAAAACGAGAUCAUAGUUGUUCUCUUCACUUUGAAUUCCACUACAGUGCCUCCAAGAAAGAAAACUCCUAAAAGCAGUUAUAUUAAUCUUAUUAUUAAUAAUGUUGCUUUACUCCCCACCAAAUAUUAACAAGACUUCUCAUGAGAAGUGCGUUUCCCUAUAAUAUCAGAAGAAUCGGUCAAUAAAUAACCGCAACCUCGUCAUUAACCACUUCAAUAACUUUAAUGGGGAUUUCCAUACCAUAACAAUCCAGUCUCAGAGUCAUUCUCCUCUCUCUUUGAUUCCUGUUGGCCUGGUUGUGAUGUCAUCAUUGUGAGACAUUUGUCAUGUUUUCUGCUUCUGCCAGAGCAAAUAACUUGUUUACAUACACACGAAGCAAACCUUGUAAAGAUGGAGUUAUGAACAGUUCUUUUGUAUAUUUGUGUUUUUUUUCCUUAUUUGUAAACAAAUGGUUGAGAUUCUCCCUCUGUAGUGGUCAUCCCACUGUUUUCUGUAUAUUGACCAAUAAAGACUUUAG